GUAACUUCCUCCCUAAAUUGCAAAUGGCGCACGUAAGCGUUUAAGGAAUUGCGAAUUUGUUAAGUUGAUUUUAGAAGUUACAUAUAGAAAUUCAGUGAAUCUCAAGGUACCAUCAUGAGUUCACGUGGAAAUGACAGUGAUGAGCCCCCAGUCAAAAAGCAAAAAAUUGAUGAUGAAAACGUUGUUUCUGACCUUGCAUCAAUUUCUGCAAGUGCCCCUGUAGGGCCUCAAGGUCAGCAACUAAUAGAGGCUGGAGACAAGUCAGUCCAGGCAAAAGGAGCAGUCCUGCAGCGUCCAGUCGCAGUUGUGACCUCGGGAAACAUCCGACCUACACUGCUGUUGCAUACAUCUCAGAGUGUUGAUGCACAAAAGCCUAAUUUGCUGUACACAACAGAUGGGAAGGUUGUACUUCAGGUUCCUCAGUCUACAUCAGCUGCUAUAAUCCGCUCCAAGUCUCCCAUCAAUAUUCCAGUCUCCCCUCGACUACCUUCUCCACAGGUUAUCACACUGCCAUCAAGGACUCAGCCUAUGACAGUGUCUGCACGACCAGUCAUAGUGCCCACCAAGCCUAUCACCAAAGUAACCAAUACCAGUGUGGAGCAAAAGUCAGGUGCUCCUGUGCAAAGAUUCAUACUUGCCGGUACCCCUCCCAGUAGUGAACAUCCUGUUCAGAUAUCGCCUGGCCAGACACAGAUAAGUUUCCAAGUUCCAGUAAAUUGGAAUGGAUCAGGAAAAUCCCUACUGGACUCUUCUAAGGUGUCAUUGGUCAACAUCAGUCAGGCUGAUGGUAGUGGAAGGUCUUUGUUGCAAGGAUCAGCUAUAGAUGGUUCUGGUCUCCAGCAUGUUGCUAGUGUGGGGGUUAAAACCUCAUCUUAUGCUCAAGGAAAUAUUCCCAGAGUUACUGCUGUCCCCCAAGUGCAGCAGGCGAAGAGUGGAGCCAGUGUACCAAAGAUCAUACUACAACCAGGCUCUGGUGGUUCUGUUAUCAAAAGUUCUCCCAUAUCUAUACCCACUACCAAUGCUCCAGCUAAGGCGUACAUUACUGGAAAUAAGCUUUUUGGUAAUCUUGGAUCUGGGCAGGUUAUAUCUCAGUCACCCAGUGGUGUGAUCAUGGUGACCAGACCGGGUUUAGCUUCUCCAACUUCUAAACCUUUACCCAAAGUUCAUGGAAGCCUUGUCAUAAACAACAAACCACACACAAUCAUGCAAGGUGGAAGUAAUCCAAGUGCUGUACAGAUUAUGGGGAAAGACGGUAAAGGCAAAAUGGCAAUGAAUGAAGCUCAGAUAAUGUUACCUUCUGGGCCUAAGAAAAUUGCUGUUCAUUACCAGGUUGGAACAACCAUUACAACCACAGAAGGAAAGCAGAUAAUCGUGAAAUCUCCAUACCCUGUUUCUCAAGGAAAGACAAUUAUCCAAAAAACCAUGUCUUCUCCUCAGAUGACAUUUACAGAUUUUAAAACUUCAUCAGUCACUUCUAUAUCUGCACCCAUAACGGCUAAAGUUGUUGAUGCAAGCCCAUCAAAAAGUGUGAUGAAGACAACAGUGUUAGCUUCUCAGAAAAACUGGGAGCUGGUGAAACAAUCCUCACAACUUAUGUCACAAUCAAACAAUGGUAGCACUUUUAAUCAGUACACUAACAUCAAAGCAUCUGACAUUAAAACUCCUGAGAAACCAAAAGCUGUCUCUGAAGCAUCAGUCACUGAAAAUGUGGACAGAGAAAGAAAACUGAGUGAAGAAAUUGAUCAUUUAGGUAGCAAAACAAGUGAUAAUUCAACUGAGGCUGUUAAAGCAAAUUGUGGUAGUCCAGACAGAGUUAAACAUGAUGGUAAUGUGGAGGAGAGGAUGGAAGUAGAUGAUGUUGAUGGUGCUAAGGGUGUAGGUGACAUUGGAAACAGUAGUCAAGAAAAUAGAAGUGAAGAGGUUGAAACUACUGCACAAGGAGUGGACAAUGGAGCUGAGAAUUAUACCAACUAUCCUGAUGCAGCUCAAGAUGACAGUGUUGUAGAUCUGGAUGAAUUAAAGGCGACUGGGGGUGGUGGACAGGAGGAGAUAAAUGAUGGGCUUGAAUGCAAUGAAACUCUAAACACUAGCGAUGAAUUGGAACCCAUGGACACACACGGAGUGGGGAAAUUAGGCGGCACAGGUGGGCACCAAUCUGAGUCUCAGCAGGAAGUCACUAACAAGGAUGAGAUUUCGCAGUGUGAAAACUGCAGCGAGUACGGUUUUACCACUGAUUUCCUAAAGGAUGGCCGCUUCUGUAGUCAAACAUGUGUCAGCGCCUUCGAUGGCAGGCACCAGAGGGAUGCAAAGAAGCAGGGUACAAUCUCCAAGGUGAUCAUGGGAAUGAAGAAAGGUGGUCGUAAGAAACAGCUGCUGUUGAAGGAAAGGGAGGAGAGGAAUAAUGGGGCACAGGGAGAGAAGCAGGAGGAUCAUAAUAACUAUGGCAAAAAGUCUUGGACAAAAUCUUUUGUCUGGGCCCGAUACCUUGCCGAAGAGCAUGCAGUGGAGGCACCAGCGAGGUUCUUUAAAAACCCAUUCCCUACUGUAAAAAACUUGUUCCGAGUUGGGAUGAAACUUGAAGGAACUGAUCCAAACCAUCAGUCAAAAUAUUGUGUUCUAACAAUAGCUCAAGUGUGCGGAUAUCGUGUUCGCAUUCAUUUUGAUGGAUAUUCCGAGUGCUAUGAUUUCUGGACGGAUAUAGACUCUCCAUACAUUUUCCCUGUUGGCUUUUGUGAAAAACAUGGGAAAUCUUUACAACCUCCCAAAGCAGCCUUUUAUUAUUCAGCAGAGAAUUUUUCAUGGGUGUCAUAUUUGAAGGCGACAAAGGCAUCUCCAGCCCCAAAGUCUUUGUUCUCCAAUCAACCAGUUGUGUCUGUUACUCCAAACCUCUUCCGCGUUGGUUCCAAACUUGAAGCAGUCGACAAGAAGAACUCUUCCUUAAUCUGCGUAGCUAGUGUUGCUGACACGAUGGGGGAUAAGGUGCUCAUCCACUUUGACAGCUGGGAAGACAACUAUGACUACUGGUGCGACACAUCCUCCCCACUUAUACAUCCUGUUGGCUACUGUGAGGAAAAUGAGCUGGUUCUCUCUCCUCCGCAGGAUUGGCCGGAUAUCAGUGACUUCACCUGGCCGAAGUUUCUGGCUAAAACCAAGUCCCAGGCAGUCCCAGCUAGAGCAUUCAAACCACGGCCAGCUAUAGCGUUUGAACCAGGCAUGAAAGUGGAAGUGGUGGAUAAACGUAACCCAUUGUUGGUGCGUGUAGCUACAAUCGCUGAGGUGGAGAACAACAUGGUAAAGAUUCACUUUGACGGCUGGCUGGACGUCUAUGACUACUGGCUGGAGGAAGACUCACCUGACAUUCACCCUCCAGGCUGGUGCGCCAAAACCAACCACCCCCUUAUGCCACCCAUAACGGAGGCUGACCUGGUAGUGAGGACUGGCCCUGGGAUUUGCCCGACCCCAGGGUGUAAAGGCAUUGGCCACAUCAAGGGACCAAAAUACACAGGCCACCACAGCACAUUUGGUUGCCCAUACUCGGAAAUCAACAUGAACAAGGAGUUGGUAAUGGGAGACCGCCUUGGGCCACCCAGUAAAGAUGAGCAGAGGUUCCUAGAUAGGGCAGACUCACCAGAACCCGGUGGCUAUAAGAUGGUUAAGAAGCCCCAGCUGUCACCAGAAGGCAAGAAGAUGGGCCGGGGCAGGAAACCAAAGAGCUACUACCAAGCACUGGAAGGUCAAAAGAUUGAAAGAGAUCGAUUAGAAAGUGAGGAUACAUUCCGACAAGGCAUCCAUAAUUCUGUGUUUGCGUCAUCGUUAAUCUCCCCGCCAAAGCCUGAUGUUCCCUUGUGCUGGGAACAGCACUGUAAGUUGUUGCCGGGGGUGACCAAUAUCCGUGGUAAUGAUGUAAACAAAUGGAGCACGGAGCAGGUGGCUGCAUACAUCAACACUCUUCCCGGCUGUGAAGAACAGGCGAAACUCUUCAAAGAGGAGCAAAUAGAUGGAGAGGCAUUCCUGUUGUUGACACAGUCUGACAUUGUGAAGAUAAUGAACAUUAAACUUGGGCCUGCAUUGAAAAUAUUCAACAGUAUCAUCAUGUUUAAAAACUCCAUUGAAGUUUGACAACCAAUAGACAAAGUUAUGGAUUGUAUGUUAACCAAGAAAAAAAGGCUGUGGUUUGAAGCCCUGUCAGGGGCACUUAAUGUGUUUAGUUUUACAGAGAAACAACAGGUUAACCUCAAUGAAGGCUGGUAUUGUGGUUGAAAUAGAUUUAUCUCAAAGAAAAGAUGACUGGACUGGUAGUGUUACACUUUGGGAAAGUUGAAAGAAAUUUCAGUUCCAAUUACUUUUGGACAUUAUUUCAUUUUUAUGAAACUUGAUUCUUUUCAUAUUUUCUGCAUACGUACACUAUCUUGUACAAUGCUUAAAUCUGUGAUUAAAAGUAUAAAAAGAAAUAUGUAGGUAACUUGAUCAUAUUUUAAUGAUUUUGUCCUAAAUGUUGUUGGAUGUAAGUUACAUUUAGUAUCUUGCUAGACCUGUCACUAAGCUGUGUGUCUGUCACUAGGCUGUGUGUCUGUCUCUAGGCUGUGUGUCUGUCUCUAGGCUGUGUGUCUGUCACUAGGAUGUGUAUCUGUCACUAGGCUGUGUGUCUGUCACUAGGCUGUGUGUCUGUCACUAGGCUGGUCUGUCACUAGGCUGUGUGUCUGUCACUAGGCUGUGUGUCUGUCACAAGGCUGUGUGUCUGUCACAAGGCUGUGUGUCUGUCACUAGGCUGUGUGUAACUGUUUCAGUGUACAUGGAACUUUCAAGAAGGUAAAACAUGUAAAACUUUUUUUUUAAAUUUCUUAAGUCUCUAAUAACAGGAUUAAGCUAAGCUCACUAUUAAGAGUUUGUUAAAUAUGCAUACUAUUAUCACAUUGAAGUGUUUUUAGGCUUCAAAUAGGAAUUAUCUUUAUGGUUAUCCUAAUAAUCAUUUUUCAUUUAUCAAAUUCAAUUUUAAGUGUGUAUUUUGGCCAAUUGAACCUGUAAAGCUGAAUAUGUUUCAGGAAAUUUGGGCCUGUUUAACUUAAUGAUAGGAUAACUUCUUCAACUUUUCUCAAAAGGAUGACAAUUAUUGACACAUUUUAGGCCAAAUCAGCCUGCCAAGUUACGGUGCUAUUAUACUCCAGAAAUAAAUAUUUGUCACAUAUGCAGCUCUAGUAUUGACCACCCUCAAGUGCAUAUAUGUAUGUCAUCAUGGAUUUUAGAAGACUAUGUAUAGCCUGUGACAAAAUACACCGUUAUCAUAUCAAAAUGUAGGUUGCUAUUUUAUUUGUACCACUUCACAAUUGUACCACUUCACAAUUUUUUUAAACAGAAUCUAUUGAAAAACUCUAUGAAAUUUCUGAACUGAGAUGAUGUACUGUAAAUAACUCUUAUUAUCAAAUUGUAAUUAAACAUAUUGUCUUCUAAAUUCAUUCUAAUUUGUUUUUGCUGUUGAUUUAUUGUUGUUUUUACAAUUAUUUUACAACAUUUUUAGACAGUUUUCACAUCUGUGUUGAUUAACGCUCUGAAACUGAUUUUUUGUAUUGACUUAAAACAAUGAUUUAUGUUUUACAUCCAGGUGAAUGUAUAUUGCAUGAUUAUGUAUAGUUGUUAUAGAAUGGGAACUUUCUAUUCUGGGUUUUCCUUGUAAUGAAUCAUUGUGCUAUAGAUUGUUAUGUUGCUUGUUAAUGCUUGCAGAUAUGGAGGAAUAAAGAAAAGUGCAAUAAAUCAUA